GUGCGCGCGCGAGUCCUCGGUGCGUCGAAAAUCAAUAUAGGCUCAACCGUAAUUUUUCUUACGGGCUUUUUUCCUCCUAGUUUUCAGUUUAAUUUUUCCGCCCGCGACGUUCUCGCGCAUCGACGACUACAAUAUUUAUUAUACGCGACGACGCCGUACUAAAUAUAUUCUGUUAUCGCUGAUAUUUCGAGCCGUCGUCCCGUCAUAGCCGGACAACCGCACGCGUUUUGGCAGAGACGAAUCAAAAUCAAAAAAACUAUAAACACGGUCCACCGAGUUCUCUUCCGAUACCGUUUGGGUGAGUUUUCAAAUACGCGCGCGAAAAAUUAAAAUUAAUUAAUUAAAAAAGAACGCGCGCGUUUCGUUCAGAUCUGGUGAAUCCGUGACACCAGGUGGCGCCCCGUCGUCGUCGUCGUCGCCGCCGCCGUCACAUAUUAUAUCGAUUGGGCUUUUGAUCCUUUUCGCUCGCCGUGUCCGUGUGUAUACCUUCGCCCGCGCGCGAGUGUGUACGUGUACAGUGUGCGUGUACGUGUGUGUUGUUCACGUGAGCGUGUGCGCAUUUCUGGAUUGUACCUCCUACGCGUACACAGCCGCCACCGCUGCUGGUGCUACUGAUGACAAACGCCUGAACUCGUGGAGGAACGGACUUAUCGAAGUUUUCGUGCCGUACAGUGUGGGAGGCGUUACGAGCACUCUCCCACCCCUCUUCCAAUAGUAUAGUCACCGUCGAGUUUCGCACGAGCGACAACCGUUUUUUGUCGGGUGUACUGCAAAAAUGGCCGGGCAAGACGGUAAAUGGCAGAAGGAAGGGUCCGACCAGAACUUUGAUUACAUGUUCAAGUUGCUCAUCAUCGGCAACAGUAGCGUUGGAAAGACUUCGUUCCUGUUUCGGUACGCCGACGACAGUUUCACGUCGGCUUUCGUAUCCACGGUCGGCAUCGAUUUCAAAGUAAAAACUGUGUUUAGGCACGACAAACGAGUCAAACUUCAAAUAUGGGACACGGCAGGCCAGGAACGUUACAGGACCAUCACGACUGCAUAUUACAGGGGCGCCAUGGGUUUCAUACUCAUGUAUGACAUCACAAACGAAGAGUCCUUCAACAGCGUACAGGACUGGGUAACACAGAUCAAGACGUACUCUUGGGACAACGCACAGGUGAUACUGGUGGGCAACAAGUGCGACAUGGAACACGAACGUGUGAUAUCGUACGAGCGGGGCAAAACGUUGGCCGACGAGCUGAACAUCGAAUUCUUCGAGACGUCCGCCAAAGAUAACCACAAUGUCAAGGCCGUGUUCGAACGACUCGUGGACAUUAUAUGUGACAAGAUGUCCGAGAGCUUGGACUCUGACCCCACACUGGUGGCCGGUGCUAAGGGCACAAGGCUCACUGAACAGCCGCAAGGUCCGAAUAAUCCGAAUUGCAACUGUUAAAAGUCUUAUACCCGGUUUCGGAUACCCACCACGGCCCAACGAGAUACUUCAAACAACAAAAACCGUUACAGCAGUACCGAAACACAAAAAGACAUUUAGCAAAAAUAAAAAAAUAAAAAAAAUAAAAUAAAACAAAAUUUUCAAACAAACUAAUAAAACCUAUAACCGUGAGCAGCGGAUCGUUCAUAUAUUAUUGUAGGCUGAAAAGCGAUGAGUAUUAAGUAUAACACACAUUUACGUAUUGUAUAAAAGUUAAAAAUUAUGAUAGAGCCACUACCUCAUCUGCAGAUAUUGUUUUAGAGACGUGUGUCCGUUUUCUUGUUAUUUUGUUGUUCAGUGCUUCGUAUACAAUUUACACAGAAUUGUCACAUAUUAUUUAAGUUUAACAAUAACAAUACAAUGUAUUGGUACCUAAUAAUAUAAUACUAUAUUAUCAUACGCCGGACAAUAAAUAUUUAUUUUUUUUUUUUUUUUUGGAUUUAGCCGAGUUUUCACAAAAUAUCAUCCGCGACGAUACUACUUUUUAGCACAACACUUAUUCCGUCAUAAGUUACAAAUAAUUUGAUUAUUUGUUUUUGAGCAGAAAAAAAAGAUAAAAAAUUAUUAUUAGAGUAUUAACUCCCGAGGUCUGCAGUUUUUUUUUUACAGACGUAUUCAAAUUUGUUUAAAAUAAAUAAAGGAAUAAAUCUAGUAAAAAAAAUUAUAAUACCAAAGGAGUGCUUUUUGCGAUAACCAAUGACGUUGUAGGUAUAAAAAAAAAAACAAAUUAUUAACGUUCAACGAUGACUUUGGAUCACGUUCGCGACGAGCACUCAAUACUGAAUAUUCGGUGUAUAUAAUAAUAUUAUUAUCGUAUAGGUACGUACUUGACAACGAGUUGACACAUUUUUCUUUUGUCUUAAUUGAGCGGCGGUCCUCGAUCUAGAUUUGUUUUUCGAUGAUAAUAAAUGUUGUGCGCCAUAUAAUAUUAUUUCACCAUAUUUAUGGCCUAGCAAUGCUAUAUCCUUUUAGGGUGCUUUUGACGAUACAACUCGAUUACGUAUUAUAUUGCAUCUUAUAUUUUAUAGGUAUGUUCAUAUGCACAACAAUAACAAUAUUAUUGAUAAAUCGCCAACGACGAUCGCCGCCGAUAAAAUAUUUUAUGUUUUUUUACAAUCUUUUGGAUUUACGUGCGCUCGAAUGAAUUUAUAUAAUAAAAUAAUAAUAUUUACAGUAUACACUGUCGCAGACUGUACUUGUCCCACACCACUCGGCGUGUAGUUAUAUACAUAUUAUAUAUAACAUAGUUAAACUACUAUAACUAGUAUUUACUACUAUUAAUAAUAAUAAUUUUAAAAAAUAUUUAUAGAGGUACUCGUGUUAAAAAAUAUUUUCUAGUCGAAUGAUGUUGAUGCGCGCACUUUAGUGACGCCUAUAUAUACAUAGCGGAGGUAGUUUAUUAUUAUACAUACCAAAUUAAUUAUGAUAAUAUUAUACAUAGCAAUUGAUUGUUCGUUUGGUCUUGAUGUUUGAAAUUUAUCCCGUAAAAAAGAAAAACCGUUUUUGAAAACGAAAAAAAUAUUCUAUAAUAUGCAAUUUUGCAUUACACGCUAAACAACAACGUUAAUGUGUACUAUACAUAUACAUAUUUAAUAUUUAUAUUAUAUAAUUGUAUUUGAUUUUUGACUACAGUUAAUUAUUAUUAAUUAUUAUUAUCAUUAUAAUUAUUAUUAUUAUUAUUAUUAUUAUUAUUACAAAUUAAUUAAUAUAUAGGUAAUUAUUAUUUCAUGUAUAGAUAAAUUAAAAUAAAAACUAUCAAACCAAAAUCGUAUUUGUAAUUUUACUGUUUAGUAUAUAUGAUUAAUUAUUCAAUACAAUUAAGUUGAAUGUACACUUGUUUAACCCUGUUUUCUGAUGUUAAAGGUACAGACACGAGCGCGCUUUAAAGUAUCGUCAUAUCGUGUUACAUGUUAAUACUAUACUCGUAACUACUACUUACAUACUAUAAUAAUAUUUCAAUAAAAUUGCAAAUUAAAUUUUU